UCUUAGCACAAUGGAGGCCCCCGAGCCCUUCGUCACAGUCGCGCAGAUUCCAGCCAGCGUCAACAGUCGUUCCGGCCCUGUGUGCGAAGAAGGCAACGGGGCUCUCCAGCCUGUGCAGCCAGGCAAGUAUUGUUAUUCAUCACCCGAUUCGUCCAGUGACUGUCCUUCAACUUGCAGAUCUCUUCAUCACCAUUGUCUCGAUGCAUAUGAUGUUCGUUCUACCGAGGUACCUGAUCAUUUGUCAAUUGAAUUUCCGGAACGCAUCAAUCUUAGCACAAUGGAGGCCCCCGAGCCCUUCGUCACAGUCGCGCAGAUUCCAGCCAGCGUCAACAGUCGUUCCGGCCCUGUGUGCGAAGGAGGCAACGGGGCUCUCCAGCCUGUGCAGUCAGGCAAGUACCCAGUUUUAAUUUCCGAUGCAUUGAGUGAUUGCCCCUCGCCUUCCAGAAUCCGCCUCACCGGUCAACACAUUUUCGAUGCCGCAAACCCUGCUGACGGUUUACGCAUGUAUUAUCAGAACGUUCGUGGCCUGAAAUCAAAAAUCAUCGAGUGCUUCGUCUCCACAUCAGAGUUCUGCUACGACAUCUAUGCUUUCACCGAAACAUGGCUCGAUUCAUCAGUACCAUCUAGUCAACUAUUUUGCUCGGACUACACCGUGUUUCGUUGCGAUAGAAACAGAUCUAAUAGCAGUCGCAGUCGGGGUGGGGGAGUACUAAUAGCUGUAUCAUGCCUGGACGGUAUGUCAUCUACCUUUCUAAGACGAUUAUUGCCUGUUUUACAGACUCAUGUGAGAUAAAUCUUUCAAGGUUUUUUGGGCAGAGCCCCCUUCCCUUCACCGUGGAUCGGAGCGAUAUCAACAA